GACCAUGAGUGUGUUCUGGAAAAAGCUCAAAGAAAUCAGGCUAAUCAGGCAGAAGAUGGUUACGGAAGAGCUAUUUUGAGCAGGGCUUAUGGCUGUAAGGGCUGCCCGUACCUGUGAAGGAAGGAAGGCCACCCCCUGUUUUUGUUGUCUCUUCCCCCCGCCACACACAACCUUUCCAACCGCUUGUUGCUAUAUGUGUGUUAGUCGACAAAAGGGAGGAGGCAGCAGUGAGGCACAGAGAGGAGGAGUCUCCCUGGCCAGGCGUCCCUUCUACUCAGUUGUUUUCUUCCCUUUUUCAUCUCACCAGACGUCACACAGCCAUGUAACUGUAAUACAAGAAGUGAAAGAGGCUGAGAGAACAGGCUCAACUUCUAACCCUGAACAAAGGCAAAAAGGAUUUGUCAAGGCACUACCUCGCUCUCUCUUUCCCCCACCUCCCCCCCCCAAAAAAAAGAAGUGGAGGUGGAGAAAAGCUACCGCCUGGGAUAAUCAGACCAGGCUCACUUUCUGAGGGAGGAGAAGCAGCUUUCGAGGCUACAGGGCUGUCCUCUUGGAUUAUGUGGGGCUCUGCCUGGAGAAGUCCUGACUCCGAAGGUUUUGUUUGCCAUUUGACUCAGAAACAUCAAUGAAUGCUUAUAUCCGGAAUGCUCUCAAGCUGAGAAGCAGUUUGAAUAUAGGAAUGAAGAGAUAGAAGCUUGGUGAGAAACAUCCCCAUCCCAAUAGAAAUUUCAACAUAAUUUUCCACUCCUGGGCAGGGCUUUUACCUGUUGACUGAUGUUGUUGGAAUACAGAUGGAUUGUAGUGUAGGUGCAAACAUGGAAUUGCGAAGAGCCUCCAGUCCUCACAGGAUGAAUAAGAAUGAUGUGGAUGCAGACAAAUCCGUGUUGCACAGCUGCUGCAUAUGUGGCAAGAGUUUUCCCUUCCAGAGCUCACUGUCACAACACAUGAGGAAGCACACUGGAGAGAAGCCCUAUAAGUGCCCUUACUGUGAUCACAGAGCUUCCCAAAAGGGCAACUUAAAGAUCCAUAUUCGGGGUCACCGAACAGGCACCAUAAGCCAGAGGAAUGAUGUGGAGACUGUGGGAGAGGCUCAGCUUAAUGAGAUGAGGGUCUUCGAAGGCUUUGAUGGUUGCACCAGCCCUACCAAAAGCACCUCUGCUUGCAACAAAAUAUUGAAUGGAACAGUUCCCACAGAGGAUAGCAAGAUCUUGCUCAGAAGCAGCAGAAAAGAGGCAUUGGCCGAUGAUGUUAAACUAUGUACUGUUCAGUGCAACUUCUGUAAAAGCAAAUUUGAAGGGAAGAAAGAGUUGGAGCAACACAUACACCAAGUGCAUAAGCCUUUCAAAUGUAGGCUGUGUAAUUACAUGACCCUAAGACAGGAGACCCUUUUAAACCACAUAGAGAGAGACCAUAUUACGACUCAAAUUCCAAAUGGGGAAGCCUACCCCGAGAACUGCAAGUCUGAGUCCAAUGCUGGAGAAUUUCCUUGUGAAGUCUGUGGACAAGCCUUUAGUCAAACAUGGUUCCUCAAAGCUCACAUGAAGAAGCAUCGAGGGUCAUUUGACCAUGGGUGCCACAUUUGUGGCCGGAAAUUUAAAGAGCCCUGGUUCCUUAAAAACCACAUGAAAUCUCAUGGCCCAAAAGCUGGGAGUAAAAACAAACCCAAAAGUGAUUUAGAGCCCAUUGCCACUAUCAACAAUGUCAUUCAAGAAGAGACUAUUGUGACUGGAUUAUCCCUUUAUGAAGUUUGUACCAAGUGUGGAAACCUGUUUACAAAUAUGGAGAGCCUAAAAGCACAUAAUUCUGUACAUUGUAAGUCUCAAGGGAUUUGCAGUGAUCCCAGAGAAGAGAGACUAAUAGAUGGAGAUUUGGAUUCAUCUAUAGCAAAACAGUUUUUCUUCCAAUAUCUGAACUUGAGGCCGUCUGUAUGGAUAGAAGGUGUUUCAAGGGGCCAGUCAGGUAGAAGAGUAGCUGAGCUGGAUCCAGUCAACAGUUACCAAGCUUGGCACUUGGCUACCAAAGGGAAAGUUGCAGAGCCUUCUGAGUACGUUAAGUAUUUAGGAUGGGAUGAAGUUCUGGCAGAUGCUGAUGUCACAUAUGACAGGGACAAAAGGGAAUAUAUCCUUGUUAGUCAAGAGAAACGCAAGCACGAGCAAGAUGCAUCCAACUCUUCCAGUAAUCCAAAGAAGAAGAAUUGCACUGGUGGCCGUUCAGAGAAAAGCAAUAAUGCACAAGCAGGGGACAACUGCAUCCUUGAUCCAGAUGACUUAGAAUACAGACCAUCCUCACGUCAAAGCAGAAGGGUAUCACAGAACAAGUCCACCGAGUGCUUUGAGUGUGGCAAGAUUUUCCGCACAUAUCACCAAAUGGUGCUUCAUUCCCGAGUCCACAGGAAAGAGCGCCGAAGCUGCAGUGAAGGUGGAUCGGUAGUUCAACAUGAUAGAUACGGUUCCAAUAGUGAGGACGGUGAUUCUGGAUCUGUCAGUGCACCGAGUACACCAAGUUCUGCUUCUGCUCAAGAAGAUUCGGUUACCUCUGGAAUAGGUGAAGAGGGUCCUGAGGACAGCUCUGAAGAAGGGAUACAUGAGCCAUCCCCAUGUAAAAAACCAUAUCUCUGCAAUUUUUCUGCUGAAGAUGCAUCUGGGACAGCCCUACAGCUCAAUCAGGAAAGAAACAAUAGAGAAAAAAAUGCUGUGGAAUCUAAACCUGAAGUGCUAAAGGUGGCAUCUGUACCCCACGACAAGAUCAAAGAACCAUUUCCAAAAUACGUGGAUUGCAAAAUUUACCCUGAUUCAAAGAUGUCAGCAUUUCAGCAAAGUUGUGAUUUACCUUGUUCCAGCAAGACUGCUGAUGUGAGACUGAAUUUGCAAAGCCCCUUGGAAAUUCAACAGAAGCUCGCUAAAGAGAUCCUUGUAGAGAUGAAUGAACAUUCUGUGCUCAAUAAAGAUACAGAGAUGUCUGAAAAGACUGCAUUAGAUCUUAGUGAGAAAUCAACUAGGGCUGAUUCAAGUUUUACCUCAACCUUGCAGGCUGCUCUGAUUGUCCACCGAUGUCCUUACUGCAGUCAUAAAACUUACUAUCCAGAAGUCCUGUGGAUGCACAAAAGAAUUUGGCACAAAGUUAGUUGUAAUUCUAUGGCUCCUGCUUGGGUUCUUCAAAAUGGAUUCAAGAGUAUAAAACAUAAUUCUGUUUUUAUGGCAAGAAGUGGGCGCACUGGACCACCUCCUGUACUUGGUGGGAAAGAAUGCCAACCUUUGCCUAUAGCCAGAUUUACACGUACUCAGGUGCCGAGUGGGUUGUCAGGAUCCAAAAAUAAUAAUUAUUCUGAUAUUGCUGUAUCUCCUAAGCCCGGGGCUAUGGCAAAAGAUGUACCAUCCACUGGGGGCUGUGGUCCGCAACCAUCAGCUAUUGAUGGAUAUAGACCACCCAAACUUAACCACACUCACGAACAAUAUGGUACUGUAGCCCAGCAGCCCCAGCUAAAAUCAAAAUUGGAUGUGAACUCCAAAUUGAUGCAAACAGGAAACUUUAGCAGAAAUUCAACGCCUUCCCAUACAGUGAUAUCUAAACCUAGCGGACAUCCCUCCAGUAGCAGAGAAACAGAAAAAUACAUAGUCCCUCAAGUAAAUGCUGGAUCUGCUCCUUUAAUCAAGCAUUGUACUCCAGAUACAGGGAAGGCCAAAUUUUUAUCUCCAUCUCAGUACCACCCUCUGUGUAAAACUGAGCCAUGCGUUACUCAAGAACCUCCAUCAAUGCCUCAGCAAGAACGUACCGCCAAGAGGGAAAGUGAAAUGAGAGCAUUGAUCAAUUGUACUGGAGGAUCCAGAGCAAGUCCUUUGAUGCAACCUCAGCCUGUUGCAGCAGGACCUCCUCCACCUGUACAUUCCACCAAACAGGAGCCAUCCCCUGAGGGGCAUGAGAAAUGUUUGGAUAUUGUAAACAUCUUAAAGACCUCCAUUCCAAAGGAUCUGGCUACUUUCUACCAAACCUGGGGUGCCAAUAGCCCCGUAAUGGACCGUGCUGGGAUGCUUAGGACACAAACGCGCCAAGGAGACUAUCUGUGCGUAGAGUGUGGGAAGGGCUUCACACAGCCAAGCCACCUCAGGACCCACAUGAGGUCUCACACAGUGGUAUUUGAGUCUAAUGGACUCCGAGGUACUGAAGUUCACACCACCUCCGCAGAUGCCCCAAAACAAGUGAGAGACCAUUCCAAUGCAGAUAUUGUCCAUACAGUGCCUCUCAGAAAGGGAACCUAAAAACGCAUGUCCAGUGUGUACACCGGGUCCCCUUUGACAACAGCCAGUACCCUGACCUACGGUUCCCAUCACCUCCAAAUAAUUACUCCAUCAACCCCUUAGAAGGCCAGCUGGAAAACAUCUUUACAA